ACCGCUUUGGAGGCCUGUGUGUGGAGAAAAGCCUCUAGGGAGAGCGGUGCUGCCCUACAACCUUCGCCCCCUGCCCUCGAAUCUUUCCCACAAUCCAAAAUGGCGGCCGGUGUGGAUUUUGGCGACCUAGAGCUAUUCGAGGCGUUUGAUCCUCAAGAGGAGUCGACCCCGAAGCCCGUUCACACCCGCUUCAAGGACGACGAGGAGGAAGAAGACGACGACGAUGAGAAUGGGGUGGGCGACGCGGAGCUGCAGGAGCAGCUUCGGCGCUGUGAGGAAACCAUCGAGCAACUCCGCGCCGAGAAUCAAGAACUUAAAAGAAAGUUGAACAUUCUGACAAGACCCAGUGGCAUACUGGUGAGCAAUACUAAGAUAGAUGGACCGUUAUUACAAAUUCUCUUUAUGAACAAUGCUAUUUCAAAGCAAUACCACCAAGAAAUAGAGGAGUUUGUAUCAAACUUAGUAAAACGAUUUGAGGAACAGCAAAAAAAUGACGUGGAAAAGACUUCCUUCAGCCUUUUACCCCAGCCAUCCAGUGUUACGUUGGAAGAGGACCAUAAAGUGGAAGAAUCAUGUGCCAUUAAAAACAACAAGGAAGCUUUUAGUGUUGUAGGAAGUGUCCUGUAUUUUACUAAUUUUUGCCUUGAUAAAUUGGGGCAACCGCUACUAAAUGAAAACCCUCAGCUUACGGAAGGAUGGGAAAUCCCCAAGUACCAGCAAGUCUUCAGCCACAUUGUUUCUCUAGAAGGGCAAGAAAUGCAAGUAAAGGCGAAAAGGCCGAAGCCUCACUGUUUCAACUGUGGUUCUGAAGAGCAUCAGAUGAAGGAGUGCCCAAUGCCUCGGAAUGCUGCGAUAAGUGAGAAAAGAAAGGAGUACAUGGACGCCUGUGGGCGUGACAGUCAGAGUUUCCAGCAGCGCUAUCAUGCGGAAGAAGUAGAAGAGAGAUUUGGGAGAUUCAAGCCAGGAGUUAUUAGUGAGGAACUUCAAGAUGCACUGGGUGUGACAGACAAGAGUCUUCCCCCUUUCAUCUACCGGAUGCGCCAGCUGGGCUACCCACCAGGCUGGCUCAAGGAGGCUGAAUUGGAGACUUCAGGACUUGCACUCUAUGAUGGAAAUGAUGAUGCUGAUGGGGAAACAGAAACUGGAGAAAUACAGAAUAAAAAUGUCACUUAUGAUCUCUCAAAAUUGGUAAACUAUCCAGGUUUUAACAUAUCUACUCCCAGAGGUAUUCCAGAUGAAUGGAGAAUGUUCGGUUCCAUACCAAUGCAGGCGUGUCAACAGAAGGACGUGUUUGCCAGUUACCUUAAUUCUAACAUCCAGUCGCCGAGCGUGAGGUCGAGCAGCAAGCGGUCUUCCUCGCAGUCCAGCCCUAACAGUCCAAAGAAGCAGCGGAAGGAGGGCAGCGCAGCAGCCUCCCCUGCUGACAUGGAGCUUGACUCGGAUAUAGAGAUUCCACCUGGUUCUCAGAGCAGCAAAGCAUUUCAGUUUCAACCACCAUUGCCUCCUGGCACACCUCCUCCUCUGCCACAGGGAACACCUCCACCUCUCUUCACUCCUCCACUCCCUAAGGGAACCCCGCCACUGACUCCCAGUGACUCUCCCCAGCCUCGACCCACGGCCUCAGGCGUGGAUGAGGAUGCCCUGACACUGGAGGAGCUUGAAGAGCAGCAGAGGCAGAUCUGGGCAGCCCUCCAGCAGGCCGAGGGAGCGAACAGUGACUCGGAUGUUCCCAUGGACACACCUUUAACUGGAAAUUCAGUGGCCUCCUCCCCUUGUCCAAACGAGUUUGACCUCCCUGUCCCAGAAGGAAGGGCCCUGGAAAAGCCAGUGCUGGCUGAGCCCCAGGGGCCAGCUGCUUCUGUGGACACAGCUGGACCUGAGCCUUCCUGCAGCCCAGCAGCCGAGGCAGCAGUGCUCUCUCAGAAAGAAGAGGGGGUCUCCGCAGAGGGGGACCCUGGAGAUGCUCUUCUUGACAAUGGCGGUGUGUUGAACAUUAGCAACGGAGGCAACCAUUUGGACACCCGGCCUCCGACAGCCUCAAAAACCCAUAGCCCAGUACCUGACAUGAGCAAGUUUGCUCAUGGAAUAACACCCUUUGAGUUUGAGAACAUGGCUGAAUCCACUGGAAUGUACCUCAGGAUAAGAAACCUGUUAAAGAAUUCACCUCGAAAUCAGCAGAAAAACAAGAAGACUUCUGAGUGAGCCCCUGCCGUAGCACUGGCUGCCAAGUGAUCUGCAGCCCUGCCUGUCCCACCAGACUGAGACCAGGUGACCCAUUUGUCCUCCCCUUUCAGAAUCUGCCCACGGUGUAACUGUGAUCUCAGCUCAAGCCUGUUUUACGUAAUGAAAGACUGGGCGUGUGAGUUUGCUGUUUUGUUCUCACUGACAACAACCGGGGUGUGUGCGGGAGCUGGGUUACAGAUGCUUGGUCUGAUCGUGAGUGUCUGUCAAGAGUGAGGUUUUUUUUAAUGUCUUUUUGUAAAUUGUUUCUACAUUUUGCUAUUAUCCUGUAUAUAUAAGCUUAAUAUAUCACUUUUUAAAAGAAAAUCCUAACAAUUUUAAAUUCACAUUUCAAUUUCCACAACCAAAUGAGAAUAAUCAGGGCUGAGCAGCUUUAUCCUGCUUGGGGUAUUUUUGUAAGAUUUUCAUGCAUGAAUUUUAAUAACACUUUUACUUUUUGUAAUUUAAUUAUUCAAAUAUGCUUCCAAUAAAGGUGUGCUCACCUUUGCGUACAGAGGUUUAAUAAAUUAGUUUUCUUACACAUGAACCAAGACUUUGGGUAGCUAUGACUCACAGUUAAAAUUGUUCUUCUAAACUUGGCUGAAAAUUAUGUGGUUGCAGUGAAACUGCAUGUUUGGCUGCUGUAAGUGGAUUCCAGCCUUACAUAUAAUAAUAUAGAAACAGAAUUGUCUAAUUACUUUGGGGGAAAAAAUGGAGGUCAGCUAGCCUUCGUACACGGUAAUAUUGUGGAUUCCAGCUCGAAAAUAGACCAGACCCGUACUGAGUGUGACUGUCCUACGGAAGCUGGAACCUGGUCCGGGCGCUCUGAGUCUCUGCCAGGUCAAGUUCUGGAACACAGGGAGAUCAUGAGUUACAACUCAGGCAGAGUAAGCUGCUCCCAGGCCAACAGAGGGCGCAAAAGGGAAGGAUAAGACCACGCCAAGAUACAGUGUUAAGGGCUGGCAGCUUCUUUGUCAUCUGAGUUUUCAGUGCAUUCCUCACAGGGUUUCCAUGAUGCUGUAACUGUGGGAAAGCAGCAGUCUUCCUAGCAGGCCCGAGACAAGGAAGGGAGGGCAUGGAGACACAGGUAGGGGAUCCUAUCAACAUUAAACACGCUUUCUUAUCUCUCAGUGUUUUUCCAGUGAGAUAGGACAUUGCUGUGUAGCCUAGGCUGGCCUCAUUCACACUCUUCCUGAUGCUACCUACUGCUGAGGUUGCAGGCAAGAUGACAUGGUUCUUUUUCAAAAACAUUUAUGGGGGUGGAGGGCAUUCCUUGGCAUGGGUAUGGGUGUUAGAAGACAAUGCGUGGGGGGUCCAUGUUAUGUUCUCUUGUCAAUGUGUGUCCUCAUCAAGCACCUUUACCCAGUGGGCCAGCCUGAAGGUGACAUUGAACUUGUUCGUCUUCCUAAUUCCUGGUGAUGGGUGUGCACUACCCUUCCCAGUAGCUCAGGAGCCACCCAGAGCAUUGUACGUGUGCUAGGCAAAUACCACCAACCACACCACUUCCCCACCCGGCGACGGGACUCCGGAAGGGUCAAACUUCCACUAGAGACUUUAGAUUUCUAAAUCAGGAAUUAUUGUUUAGCCCUGUCUGGUGGCUUAUGCCUGGAAUCCUAGCCCUUGGGAGGCAGGCUGGUGGAUCAGGACCAGCGUUGGUGACAUAGCAGAUUCAGUUAGCCUGAGCUACGUGAGGUACUGCUAAAGGAAAGGGGGAAAAAAAUGUUUCUUUUAAUACUGUAUUGCCGGUAUCUGCUGAAUAUUGAAACAGUCAUUUCCAGCACAUACAUACUCUGUUAAGGUAUAGAUUAUACCAUUUUUUCUUUAUCGACUAGGUAUUGCCUCUUCUUUUUGUUUUUGUUGUUUUUAAAUGAAUGUCUAAGACAUAGAUGCCUAGCUGUAAAUAAAUUCAGCUCUCUUGCCUCUGUA